GACCAUCUUGCUGAUCAUCCUGUUUGCGCAGUACCUGCGGCACAUCACCAUCUGCCUGCCCGGCUACCGGCGCGGCAGAGGCUUCGUGCUGCUCCGCAUCCAGAUCUUCAAGAUGUUCCCGAUCAUCAUGGCCAUCACGGUGGUGUGGCUGCUCUGCCAGUGGGGUCUGCCCACAGUGACCUCGGCAGCGGUGCUGGGCAUGUUCAGUGCCACUCUGGCGGGUAUCAUCGAGUCCAUCGGGGACUACUACUCCUGUGCCCGGCUGGCAGGAGCCCCCGCGCCCCCUGUGCAUGCCAUCAACAGGGGCAUUUUCACUGAAGGUAUCUCCUGCAUCAUCGCGGGGCUGCUCGGGACUGGCAAUGGCUCCACCUCCUCCAGCCCCAACAUCGGUGUCCUGGGCAUCACAAAGGUGGGGAGCAGGAGGGUGAUCCAGUACGGGUCCCCGGCGCCCUCCGCCUCCCUGCCUGACCCCGUCCUCGGCGGGAUGUUCUGCACCUUAUUCGGCAUGAUCACGGCCGUCGGCCUCUCCAACCUGCAGUUCGUCGACAUGAACUCCUCCCGCAACCUCUUUGUGCUGGGCUUUGCCAUGUUCUUUGGGCUGACGCUGCCAAACUACCUGGAUUCCCACCCCAACCGCGCUCUCGCAGGUGUCCCCGAGUUGGACCAGAUCCUGACGGUGCUGCUGACCACAGAGAUGUUCGUCGGGGGGCUCAUCGCCUUCGUCCUGGACAACACCAUCCCGG